AUGCAGUUCAAGCACGUACUCUGCGUUGCCCUCCUCACGGCUAUCACCGGUGCCACGGCGGUCCCGAAAGUGAAGAUACCGUGUGAUAAUGCCUACCACCCGUGCAACCGUGCAGGAAAGUAUCCGGACUGCUCAAAGGAGUACAUCAAGCAGAUUGAACUGUAUGUUUCGUUAUUUCCCUUUGUUUGCCCAGUCGGCUGCAUAUCUACAUGAGUUACGGGCGGGCUAAUGCUGGCAAUAGGUGCAAGGAGAGCGGAUGCAUUCAAUGGAUUAUCGAUCCUUUGCAACAUUGUAACCAAUAUCCUUCUUCUUAAGUUCGGACAGCUGGGGAAGGUAUCGCACGCCAAGCUGGAGGAAUGGGCAAUAGGGAGGUAG